AAGGGAGUUUAUUCAGUUUUGCUGAGUGAAAAAGAGAAAGGAUAAGAGAUAAUUUAAAAUAGUAUUUGUACAUUUUGGGAAUCAAAACAUGUCUCUUCAGUGUCAAACCCUGUCUGAGUAGUCGAUAGAGAAGGAACAAGUAGCGCCUCACCUUGGUUGUUUUUCUAGCACAAGAAAAUGCUGCUAUUCACUCCAUUUUGUCCUUCAGAUCCACAAACGACAUUCUUGAUACCCCUCCCCAGCCAACAGAAAACUGGACCAGCCUAGUCUUGUUGGCUAGUCACGGGAAAAUGAAAGGAUAGUGAUACCAAGAAUUAAAUUUAUACACAUCCACCUCCCCCCAACUUAAUUGUUUAAUCAGCAAAACAGUAUCCCCGAGGAAUUAAUUUACACCGACCGACCGGAAUUAAUCCAACCAAACCUCACGAGUCAUGAGGAAUAUUUAAGUCUUUAACAACUCUCACUGUGAAUGUCGGUAGACAGGGUGGUGGUGCUUAUGAUUUAUUUAACCAUUUUUAGAAUAUAUAUAUAUAUAUAUAUAUCUAAAAAAAUAAUUGUCCGAUUAGUCUGCCAAGCGAGAGGGAUAAAGAAGCAGAUUGGAAAAGAUACUUGGAGACAGGAGGAAGAGGAGUCGAGGAGGCAAAUCUAGAAGGGAUCACAUGGAAUUGCCUUGCGGGGUAGGAGAGGAUACAGCAAAGACCACAAGAACUCUGCAAAUAUAGGCCAAGGAUGACGUCACCGAAUCUUGUGCGAGGAUUGGGUGGUCCCCCACCAGCGCCUGCCUUCCUCCUUGGCACGCAUCUUGAAGCAGUCGGGUGGAGGAGAUGGGCUCACGUUGGUGUGGCUGAGUUGUUCCGGAGGGACAAGCGAGGAGAUGGCUUAUAAAUAAAACAAGAGAUCAAAGGAAGCCAUGAAGAGAGGAGGUGGUAGUGGCUUUGCUUGGUAUCCAAUUCAAAGAUUGAGUGAAGAUUUGGGGGGUGAAAUCUGAUGGCUAUAGUUCAUAGCAUUUGAUUUCCUCGCUGGAUGUUGAUAAACAAACAAAAAACAAAACAAAACAAGGCUAGGCAAGGUGGAGAAGGACAAGGAGAAGGAGAAGGAGAAGGAGAACCUUCAUCGCCUCUUCCUCGUCUUCUCUGCCAUUUGAUUCCUCUCUUCGGCAUCACUUGAUUACAGAAAGAAAGAAAGCAAGCAAGAUAAGAAAAUAUGGGUGUUGAUAGACAGGCACAGUUUCAUGUGUUGGCUGUAGAUGACAGUCUCAUUGACAGGAAGCUCAUUGAGAGGCUCCUCACGACCUCAUCCUACCAAGUUACCACAGUGGAUCUGGUGAGCAAGGCUCUUGAAUUGUUGGGACUGAGAGAGGAACCGGGUGUCUUAUCACCUGAUUCACCAGAUAAGAAUGAGAUUGAGGUGAACUUGAUCAUAACAGAUUACUGCAUGCCCGGAAUGACAGGGUAUGAUCUUCUCAAGAGAAUUAAGGGUUCAUCGUCUUUGAAGGACAUUCCAGUUGUGAUCAUGUCCUCUGAGAACGUGCCUUCAAGGAUCAAUAGGUGAGAAAGAUUAAUAUCUAACAGUUAUCAGAGAAAUAGUUAGCAAAGUGAAUUGUUUUUUUAAUUAUAUUCUAGCGCCAGAUUCUGUUUUGACAACUUUACGAUUGAGGGAACUUUAAUAAAAGGUAAAGUAGGAAAAAGGAUGAGCCGUAGUUCUAGAUCUUCUUUAAGGUUUGGUGGGAAGUAAUAUGCUGAUCUAGGAAUUCUUUUCUCAAAAGAUACUUUCUUAGAAAUGGAAAUGGAAUUCUUUAAAAAAAAUAAAUUAUAAUCAAUUUGUCUCGUGGCAAUAGGUGGAAUUAUUAUUAUUUUAUUUUUUUUUGAGGGAAAAGGAUUCAGUCUAUCGACUAUCAAGUGGUCCUUCACAUACAUAAAUGUGUCCUUGGAGUCAUCUAUCAUGGGGUCAUACCUUGUUAGGAAU